CCCUCGCUCCCCUUUUCAUCUUCUGCACACCAUCUCCUCGAUUAAUCCAAAUCGCUUCAUUCUUCUACUCUAAUUCCGAACGUUACAAUCGUCGACGUUACAUCCGGCGAAUCUCCGUCGCCGUCACCACCGCGGCGUAAUCAUUUGGAAUCUCACUCCUCAGCAGCAUCUCACCGCCUGAGUCCCGAAUAUUCGCACCUUCCUUGUCUCUGUAUUCGCGGCUGGCUAUUCGGUUUGUGGCCAUUCCUCACCGGCGAAGGUGCGCACGAUUGUUAACCUGCGCACCGCGGUUCCUUUUUUCGCCUAAUUGGUUUAACUCUGGUGCGCUUCCGCAGGGGGAAAGACUUUGUGGAGACGAAGAUACCUGAAUGAGCUGGUGACAUAUAACAGGGCUUUAGUUAUCUUUAAUUGCUCUUACAGUGAGGAGAUUGAAUGAAGGAAAAGAAAUUGUACGGUAGACCUACAUGACAUGAUGACUUUCUUUAAGAACUUUUCACAUGAUGCAGUUUCACAUGGUGUCUUGGAAGAUAAGGGCCAAGGACAAAAUGCUGAUAGAAUUCCUAGAUCAGUAGAUAAUGAAUGUGCUUAUGCAACUUCUAGUGAGAAAGAGUUUGAUAUGAACAUGGAGGCACCGUAUGAGAGUGACAGUGAUCCAGAUGGUGUUUGUAGGCAACAAAGGGAGGCAACUGGUGUUGAUCGAAUUGGUACAAGGGAAUCAAACGCAGAGAAUAUGGGCUGCAAACCAGCUACUGUUGGAAGGUGGGGUACUACAUUUUGGAAAGAUUGCCAGCCAAUGUGCCCACAGAAUGGUUCUGAAUCUGGGCAUGAAUCUAAAAGUGGAUCAGACUAUCGAAAUGCAGAUGGGUCUGAUGAUAAUUUGUCAGAAAACAGGGGGGAAAGGUUAAACUCUGAAGAUGAUGAUAGACAGAAGAAUUCAGGAAAAGGUCCAAGAGGCCAUUCUGAUAUUCCUGCUGAGGAAAUGUUGUCUGAUGAAUAUUAUGAACAGGAUGGGGAAGAACAGAGUGACUCCUUGCAAUACAGGGGCUUUCAUCAACGUACUAUAUCAAAUUCUUGGCCUCAACGGAUGUCUAUCAAUAGGCGUGUGCCUAGGAUUUCAGAUGAAGCUGAAGAUAAUGACGGUGAUGCUGAUUAUGAAGAAGAGGAUGAAGCCGAUGGAGAUGAUCCUGAUGAUGCAGACUUUGAGCCCUCAACAAGUGAUCGUGCGGCAAACAAGGAUAAAGAUUGGCAAAGUGAAGACUCAGAUGAAGCUGAUGAUAGUGAUGAGGAAAUAAAUGUCUCAGAUAAUGAUUAUUCUGACUUUUAUAAGAAUGUGAAGGGAAGGCAGCAAGGUAAAAUUGGAAAAAGUGUAAGGUCUUCCAGAGAUUGCAAAAUUGCAUCCAGUCGACAAAGAAGAGUUAAGUCAUCUUUUGAAGAUGAAGUUGAUGAGUCUCCAGCAAAUGAUUCAGACAGUGAGAGUGAUGAGGAUUUCAAAAGCAUGAAAAAGCGGGGUUUGCAUGUACGCAAGAAUAAUAGUCGUUCAGCUGCAACCUCUAGUUUUUCUAUGCGCAACAGUGAGGUUCGCACAUCUAGUAGGACAGUUAGGAAAGUAUCAUAUGUUGAAAGUGAAGAAAGUGAAGAAGCUGAUGAAGGGAAGAAGAAGAAAUACCAAAAGGAAGAAAUUGAAGAAGAUGAUGGAGACUCCAUUGAAAAGGUGCUCUGGCAUCAGCCCAAGGGCAUGGCUGCAGAGGCUCAAAGGAAUAAUAGAUCUACACAGCCUGUUUUAAUGAGUCACUUGUUUGAUUGUGAACCUAAUUGGAAUGAGAUGGAAUUCUUGAUAAAAUGGAAAGGGCAGUCACAUUUGCAUUGUCAGUGGAAGUCUUUUGUUGAAUUGCAAAAUCUCAGUGGUUUUAAGAAAGUUAUGAAUUAUACAAAGAAAGUGACAGAGGACAUCAGGUACAGGAUGACCAUCUCAAGAGAGGAGAUUGAGGUCAAUGAUGUGAGUAAGGAGAUGGAUUUAGAUAUUAUCAAGCAAAACAGUCAGGUGGAAAGAAUAAUUGCAGAUAGGAUUAGCAAGGAUAAUUCUGGCAAUAUUAUUCCAGAAUACUUGGUCAAGUGGCGAGGACUAUCUUAUGCUGAAGUGACUUGGGAGAAGGACAUUGAUAUUGCUUUUGCUCAACAUGCUAUAGAUGAGCAUAAGGCUCGUGAAGCUGCAAUGUCAGUUCAAGGAAAGACAGUAGAUCUUCAGCGUAAGAAGAGCAAAGCAAGUUUGCGGAAACUUGAUGAACAACCUGAAUGGUUGAAGGGUGGAAAGCUCCGUGAUUAUCAACUUGAGGGCCUGAAUUUUCUUGUUAACAGUUGGCGAAAUGAUACAAAUGUCAUUUUAGCUGAUGAAAUGGGUCUUGGUAAAACUGUUCAGUCAGUAUCAAUGCUUGGUUUUCUACAGAAUGCCCAGCAUAUCCAUGGUCCUUUUCUUGUAGUUGUCCCAUUGUCUACAUUAUCAAACUGGGCCAAAGAAUUCAGGAAGUGGCUUCCUGACAUGAAUGUCAUUGUCUAUGUUGGUACCCGUGCAAGUAGAGAGGUUUGCCAACAAUAUGAAUUUUAUGAUGAUAAAAAGGCUGGAAGACCUAUAAAAUUCAAUGCACUUUUGACUACAUAUGAAGUAGUUUUGAAGGAUAAAGCUGUUCUCUCCAAGAUCAAGUGGAACUAUCUAAUGGUGGAUGAGGCUCACAGACUGAAAAAUAGUGAAGCACAACUGUACACUACACUUUCAGAAUUUAGCACCAAGAACAAGUUGCUUGUCACCGGUACUCCACUACAAAACAGUGUAGAAGAGCUAUGGGCUUUGCUCCACUUUCUUGAUCCUGAUAAGUUCAAGAGCAAGGAUGAAUUCGUUGAAAACUAUAAGAAUCUGAGUUCAUUCAAUGAGAAUGAGCUUGCUAAUCUUCAUAUGGAAUUGAGACCUCAUAUCCUUCGAAGAGUUAUCAAGGAUGUGGAGAAGUCACUACCCCCCAAAAUUGAGCGUAUUCUUAGGGUUGAAAUGUCUCCUCUUCAGAAACAGUAUUAUAAGUGGAUUUUGGAACGCAACUUUCAUGAUUUGAACAAAGGAGUUCGAGGGAAUCAGGUUUCUCUUCUAAAUAUUGUGGUAGAAUUGAAGAAGUGUUGUAACCAUCCCUUCCUGUUUGAAAGUGCUGACCAUGGUUAUGGUGGGGAUGCUGUAAGUAGUGACAGCAGUAAACUAGAGAGAAUUGUCUUUAGCAGUGGAAAACUUGUAAUACUUGAUAAGUUGCUUGUCAAAUUGCAUGAAACAAAGCAUCGUGUCCUCAUUUUCUCUCAGAUGGUUAGGAUGUUAGAUAUACUGGCAGAAUAUUUGUCACUUCGAGGAUUUCAAUAUCAGAGGCUUGAUGGAAGUACAAAAGCUGAGCUGCGUCAGCAGGCAAUGGAUCAUUUCAAUGCACCAGGUAGUGAUGAUUUUUGCUUCCUUCUUUCAACACGAGCAGGAGGAUUGGGUAUCAACCUUGCCACAGCAGACACUGUUAUAAUAUUUGAUUCAGAUUGGAAUCCCCAAAAUGAUCUGCAGGCAAUGAGUAGAGCACAUCGAAUUGGGCAACAAGAAGUUGUUAACAUAUAUAGAUUUGUGACAAGCAAAAGUGUCGAGGAAGAUAUUUUAGAACGUGCUAAGAAGAAGAUGGUUCUUGACCACUUGGUGAUUCAAAAACUAAAUGCAGAGGGUAGAUUGGAAAAGAAAGAAGCCAAAAAAGGAGGAAGUUAUUUUGACAAAAAUGAGCUGUCAGCAAUAUUAAGGUUUGGAGCAGAGGAGCUUUUCAAGGAAGAAAGAAAUGAUGAAGAAAGCAAGAAACGACUCUUAAGUAUGGACAUAGAUGAGAUUCUUGAAAGAGCAGAGAAGGUUGAAGAGAAGGAAAAUGAGGGAGAGCAAGCACACGAGUUAUUGAGUGCUUUUAAGGUUGCUAAUUUCUGCAAUGACGAAGAUGAUGGGAGUUUCUGGAGUCGUUGGAUAAAGCCUGAUGCUGUUGCCCAAGCAGAGGAUGCUCUUGCUCCACGUGCUGCAAGGAAUAUUAAAAGCUAUGCAGAGGAUUAUCAAUCUGAAAGAAGUAGUAAAAGGAAAAAAAAGGAAAGUGAACUACCUGAACGAGUUCAGAAACGCCGGAAAGCAGAGAAUUCAGUUCCUGCAACACCAAUGAUUGAUGGAGCUUCUGCCCAAGUGAGAAGUUGGUCAUAUGGGAAUUUGUCCAAAAGGGAUGCACUCCGUUUUUCACGCUCAGUUAUGAAAUUUGGCAAUGAGAGCCAAAUCAACUUAAUUGCUGCUGAGGUAGGUGGUACUGUAGGAGCAGCUCCACCUGAAGCACAAAUUGAAUUGUUCAAUGCUUUAAUUGAUGGCUGUACUGAAGCUAUUGAACUUGGAAGUCUGGAUCCCAAGGGACCUUUGUUGGAUUUUUUUGGUGUCCCAGUAAAGGCAAAUGAUUUACUUACCCGUGUUCAAGGACUUCAACUCCUGGCAAAGCGCAUUAGUCGUUAUGAAGAUCCCAUUUCACAGUUCCGCGUCUUAACAUAUCUCAAACCUUCAAACUGGUCAAAAGGUUGUGGGUGGAAUCAAAUUGAUGAUGCAAGAUUGCUUCUUGGAGUAUAUUAUCAUGGAUUUGGUAAUUGGGAAAAUAUAAGAUUAGAUGAAAGGCUUGGUCUUACGAAGAAAAUAGCACCGGUGGAACUUCAACACCAUGAAACUUUCUUGCCACGAGCUCCAAACUUGAGAGACCGUGCUAAUGCUUUGUUGGAGCAAGAGCUGGUUUCUCUUGGUGUGAAAAGUUCCUAUAGCAAAGUUGGGAAGAAGCCUUCUAAGAAAGAGAGAGAACAUAUUGUGAACAUCUCAUUGUCACGUGGGCAGGAGAAAAAGAAACAAUUAGGUUCUUCUAAAUUUAAUGUCCAAAUGAGAAAGGAUAGACUUCAGAGAUCCCUAAAAGUUGAACCAAUUGUGAAAGAGGAGGGUGAAAUGUCUGAUGAUGAAGAAGUGUAUGAACAAUUCAAGGAAGUAAAAUGGAUGGAAUGGUGUCAAGAUGUGAUGGUUGAAGAAAUGAAAACCUUGAAACGUCUUCACAGAUUGCAGACAACCAGUGCCAAUCUUCCAAAGGAAAAGGUGCUUUCAAAAAUUCGCAACUACUUACAGCUUCUUGGGCGAAGAAUAGAUCAAAUUGUGUUCGAACAUGAAGAGGAACCCUAUAAGCAAGAUAGAAUGACCAUGCGAUUGUGGAAGUAUGUUUCCACCUUUUCCCAUCUUUCAGGGGAGAGGCUUCAUCAAAUUUAUUCAAAACUUAAAAUGGAGCAAAAUUUGGCGGGGGUUGGCCCUUCUCAUGCUAAUGGGUCAGUAUCUGGUCCAUUUAGCAGGAAUGGAAACCCUAAUCAUUCUUAUCCAUUCCCUCGCCAGAUGGAGAAGCAAAGAGGAUACAAAAACAUGACUGCCUACCAAAUGGCAGAACCAAUGAAUAAUACUGACAUGUCUGAGGCAUGGAAACGAAGAAGAAGAUCUGAAAGCAAUGGUCAUUUCCAGGGUCAAUUACCACCUCAAAGAACCAUGAGUAAUGGGAUUCGGAUUCCAGAUCCUAAUUCACUGGGGAUCCUUGGGGCUGGACCAUCUGACAAACGUUUCGCUAGCGAGAAACCUUUUAAGACCCGACCUAGUGGGUUUCCAUCAAGACAAGGAUUCUCGUCAGGAAUCGAGUAGUCAGUUAUGUGGGAUCAAAAUGGCUGAUACCUGUAGCGUUUGGCUGUUGCUUUCACUCUGCAUUUACUCAGCUUCAGCUAUUGUAUAUUCUCUGGAACUUUUUCUUUCCACCUUUGGGAAUAAGAUAUUUCAGAUCCCUUUUUGGUGUCCUGUGGUGAUCUGAGAAAUAUCCCCUAGACAAAGGAUUUGCAUCCUUGAACAAGGUGGCUGAAGCCAGUGACGACCUGGCAUUGGCAUGCAAGAUGAAUGCAAACUUGUCCAUUUUUUCUCCCUCCUUUUUUCCCUUUAGCUUUUACCCUUACUCGAUGAUGAGCCAAGCGAGGUGUUAUAUACUAAAAAUCUUGAAAAGAAACACAUUUUACUUGCUAUAGAGAUACUUAGGAAAGUGUAUAUUACAAGUUUUGCCUAUUUUUUGCACUUUAUCGUUCGCUCCAUGCUAAUUAUGUUAGCUGGUACACACCAAUGUAUUUGUUUUGUAGUAAAUUUAACUAUAACCUCAAUUUUGUGUAGCUCUUUCAACUAAUUUCUUUAGUGAAUGAAAAUUAAUUUUUGGCUUCGUGCUCAAAGUUUCUAUUU